AUGGCCACAUCAGACAGUACGACCGAUGUUCGGCAAAACGCAGCAGGGGACAAUGGUGCAAGCUCGCUCAAAUAUCGCUUGUUGGGUCCGUCCCUGACCAAAGCCGGUCAAGAGCAAGUUGAUCAGAGCAAGGUUUCCGACGUCAUCUACAACGCUUCCAGAGGGUCCAAGUUCUUCAAUCAAGAAGAGGCCCGCGACAAGAUCCUGACCGAAAAGAUUGCCCAAAUGCUGGAACGGAAGCGUCAACUAGAAAAGCAUGGCACCGGCCAAGAACUCCGUCAUGCCGACAAGUUCAUCACGGAGCUCGAAGCUACACGCGACCUCACCCAACACAUCGUACACAUCGACUGUGACUCCUUUUUCGCAGCUGUCGAGCAGAUAGAAAGGCCAGAGCUCAAGGAAAUGCCCUUUGCCGUUGGCGGUAGUGUCCUGACAACCUGCAACUAUGUGGCCCGCCAAUUUGGUUGCCGUUCCGGCAUGGCCGGCUUCGUCGCCAAAAAGCUGUGUCCGGAGCUAAUUCUAAUCAAGCCGAACUUUCAAAAGUACACUGCAAAGGCCCAGGAGAUAAGAGAGAUCCUGGUGGAAUACGAUGCUCAGUUUGAAAGCGCAAGCAUAGACGAGGCUUACCUCAACAUUACGGCAUACUGCGCGAGCCACGACAUUGGACCUGCAGAGAUGGUCGAGCAGAUGAGGCGAGAGAUCCACCAAAAAACCAACAUCACCGUUUCAGCGGGCAUAGCAGCCAACACGAAGCUCGCCAAGAUCUGCUCCAACUUGAACAAGCCCAACGGGCAGUACGUUUUGCCAAGAGACAGAAAUGCUAUCUUGACCUUUAUGAGAGACCUCUCGACGAGGAAGGUUCAUGGCAUCGGUCGAGUUUUGGAGCGUGAGCUCCUGGAGAUAGGCGUCAAGACGUGCGGCGACAUCUACCAUCAGAGGCAGUAUCUUCGUCAACUGUUGGGGAAGAAGACGUUUGAGUUUUUGUUGACCUGCUACCUUGGCUUGGGGCGCACGCGAGUCCAACCAAGCGAAGAAUACGAAAGGAAGAGUGUCGGUACCGAGAGCACCUUUGGCGAGAUAUCCGACCCCAUAACGCUGCGAGAAAAGCUGCGGCGGACAGCCGAGGAAUUGGAGGGGCAUAUGAAACGAGCGGAAUGCAAGGGACGGACCUUGUGCUUGAAGGUGAAGCUCCAUACAUUUGAAGUACUCACCCGUCAGGUCGUCACCCCACGCGCCAUAUGUCUCGCCGACGACCUUUACAACUAUUCAUUACCUAUGCUUGCGAAGCUGGAAAGGGAUGUGCCAGGCAUCAAGCUUCGCCUUCUAGGCCUACGCUGUACCCAUCUAGCCAGCUCCAAAAAGCCGGACGCAGCGGCCUUUUUCGGACCUCAAUGCCGCAAAGCCGUCGUGGAUGAUGCGGGAUAUGCCCCGAGCAUUUCUUCGAACGCAUCUAAUGAGGAGGCAAGCUGGAAGAUGAUUCUUGAGGGAGAAGAGUAUCCCGACCUGGAUGACGCCACCGCAGACAUGGAUUCUCCGGAGCCCCGAUCCGACGAAUCGGGCAGACUGUCGUAUGGCCUCGACAAGCGGGAGACAGCGCCCAGCUCGAAGAAGCACCAUCUGGAAGAAGCCGAGGAUUUAUGGGACUGUCCUGUGUGUUCCAGGCCCCAGGUGACAAACCAGCGUCAGUUCAACGAGCACAUCGACUCAUGUCUGUCCCGUCAGACUAUCCGCGAUGCCAUCCGCGCCGAUCGCGACCCCCCUAGCGCUGCAGAGAAUGAGCAACAAGGAACAGCCAAAGAAGGGAGGGUAGGUGCAGCAAGGCCCAAACAACGGAAGCUAUCGUUCAAAUAA